GGGGAAUAAUAAAUCCAGUUGAAGUGGAUCACAGGUUUUCUCUAAACCUUUCCGGCGAUACUAUCACCGCCGUACCAAAACCCCUUUUCGUUAAUUCUCCAACUGCUUUUCUUGUCCACACCAACUACGUUAUUGAUACUCAGACAGUAUCACACACAUCACCAUCAAUAAUUCUUUCGUGCCCGAUCCAGAACACACAGAUUCACAUAACAAAAAGAAAAGAAUUGUGCUGAUAGCAAAACAAUACACACGGCGGAAAUCGUUGUUCCAGAAAGACGUUUACUACCUUCCAUUCCCUUCCCUCCACUUACUGCAUACUCUUUCAUUCACUGAACACAUAGGAAUCACCACCAUCACCAUUACAAAUUCCCUUGGAUACUGUCACCUUGAUUUCCUUGCAAUCACACCAACAGAACUUGGGACACUAAAAUACGGCACCAAGUUCAGAAGACAAUCAUUACUAAAAGCGCCACUUUCCACUCUACACUCUGCACCCUGUCCUGCUGCAUCCCCAGCCGAAUUUUAAACUACAACACUUUACCAAGGUUUUAUCCUUCGCCGUUUCUCCCAAGGAACAGCAACCUGUUUUUUUGAAAAUACAGAGAGAGUUUUGUUGUUGCUCUUCUUUUAAUAAUAGCCCUCUCCCUCUCCUCAGACACCCUACUCCCUCUACCAACCUCCCACUCUUAACAUUCACCGCCCUACUCCCCAAUAAUCAAAAUUGAGUACUCCAUUAGUUACCCCUCCAUCCAUCCAUUACAUCACUCUCACUUGCAUGCGGCCUUUCAGGCUACUAAAUUCCCCAUAAAAACAAACCUCAGGUUCAUUAACUCCAUCCCACCUCCUCCAAUUAUCUCAUUUACUGUUUCUCUCCACAUCCACUAACCGUUCCUCUCAUAACUCCUGAAGACCUUCUCUACACCCACAAUUAUCUUUUACUCCUCUUGGCACAUUUAUAACCUUCCCGACAAUUCUAUUUACUCCAAUGUCUCACCGUUCUCUCGAAGAAGACUUAUCCACAGAUGACUGGGGUUCCCUUCCAGGGGACCACAUGGAUACAGGAGAAUAUAUAGAUCCUUAUUAUUCAUUCCACAGAAGCACAUUCGUUCAAAAUGCAUCCCGCUGACUCCGCCUUUGGACUUACUCGAUACCAACAUUGCUUAAUUGGUUUCCUGCUGGAUGACAGAUCUUUCAGUCUCGAUUACAUGCAACAAUAUAUUCGUACCCACUGGGGACUACCAGCUCGAGUUAUCCACCGGGAUCGCAACUGUUUUUACAUCAAAUUAGAUUCGGCGGAGCACUGUGCCAUUGUACUUUAUAAUGGGCCAUACGCUAUUGACGGAGCCCUUUUUGUGGUUGGCAGAUGGCAGACAAACUUCACUCCCGACUAUGUCCGGCUCCAACGAAUUCUUAUAUGGAUUCGCCUCUAUGGCCUACCAGUGGAAUUCUUAUCCCAGCAGACUGCAAGACGCAUUGCCUCAGCUAUAGGGGAGGUACAAGAGGUUCGUACGGGUUACAUAGAUACAAGACACACUACGUUCCUAAGAUCCAGGGUGUGGAUUCGCCCAGCAGACCCACUCAGCACCGGUACUCAUGCCGGUCUAACAGAUGGGCGCACAGUUUGGCUCAAAUGUAAGUACGAACGAAUAUUUACCUAUUGCCAGAGAUGUGGCACUAUUGGCCAUGAGACUCCUCAAUGCCCUAUCAGCAACAAUUUUCGUCUGGAAUUACAGCUAGAAGAGAGCUUCCAGGAAAUGAGCAAUGCCCGAAACCUCCCUUUGAUCUAUGAUCAAUCGCGGCCAUUAUUCCCGGACGACUUGGCAGCAUUCAAGGAUCAACCAGAAAGAAUGAACACUACCAUCCCUUCUCGGUAUGUUCGUGAAAACUCUCAAUCAUUUCGUGAUCCCCAACCAGGUUUCUAUCCAAAUGGGUACUCCUAUACGCAAACGGGGGUUACCACGAUUUCCACUAGACACCCGGCCGUAAUUUUCCAAGAAGAAGUGGCGCGUCAAGCAUCUUUAGUACCAGCAAUCGAUAAUCAGACCCAGCUCGAUUUUGAGGCUGACGAUAACUGGUCCCUCCCAGAAGGCUUCAUCAUACCAGAAGAUCCCAAUGAGAUGCCUACUAACAGAGCUCAAGCAGAUGCCAUGACACAAACUCCACAUCCCAGAACAGACCACGAUGCAGGAGAAGGCCCUUCCAAUCUAGGUCCGCAAAAUAUUCAUGUUAGGCAUGUGAUUGAAGAGGGUGAAAUUGUGGAGCACCAAUACGUCCGAAUUGGCGAAUACAACGUGCCUCUGCUGCAAUAUGGAGAGCAAAGGACAGCCAAUACACCUCAGCCGCCGCCCCAACAACCACCGCCGGAGGGGGGUUUCCCAUUUGCCGCAGAAUUUACGGUCACCGUCGAUUCAGAAAUUCCAAGGGAUCAACAAGUGGCAAUAGACCCAAUGCCACGUGCCAGCUACAUUACGUGGCAACCCGCAUGUCCAGAUGAGCUGACCCAUAAUUACCGUAAUGCCAUUCAGACUCCAAUGCUCACAUUAGCACGAAUCCAACUUCUCACCACGGACCUGUCUGGCCCUCCGAUCUGCCCUACAUAUAAAUUCCAAACCAAUCUCAGCCCAAUAGAUGAAGAAAAUGAAAUAAUUGAGCCUACUACUGAUCUCUCAUGCACAUUAGCCGACAGACGACAUCAAAUCCGUGACGGGAAACGUAAAUUGGGUGAAUCGUCGGGCACACAUGCCUCAUCACCCGACGAUGUCGAUGAACUCUCCUCGUCUGCCAGGCAGUACUCACCACCGCCGCCAGUCCCUGAGGUUAUGGAACCUCCACCACAAUCACAACCACCUCCCAUUGCUGACACAAAUACCGCAAUGGACUGGGCACUACAGGAGGCAGGCAUCACCUCAGAGGUGGGAAAAGCAACGGCAAAACGUAAAAUAGAACAGUUUUUGGAAAUCACGAUGCUUCAGCGACGCCGUCUUGCCACCACAGAUCUAGAACAUGCCAGUGCCAUGGUGACUAAUAUUUCAGUUGUUCAGGAGCCAGAGGAACCAGACUCCCCUACACGGGAAGCAACAUUUCUAGCGAUGCAAUAUAAUGAUAUUGUCAACCUACUCGCAGAAGGAAUUCAUCAAUUGCCGGAUCUAAACCCCAGAAUCGGCAAAAGAAAUACAGGAGAAAGCAUCUCCAAUGAUGCUAGUCAACAGAUCAUACAGAGAAUAUGGCAUUUAAACUCGUCUACUAGUGAUUCCACUGCUUCAACCACUCUCUCUCAAAAUCUCAAUACAAGCUUGAUCCACCUUCACAAUUGGAGCCGACAAUCUUAUGGUUAUCUACCUCACAAAAUCAAGCAAACAAUGCAGACACUCGCAUCUCUUUCCUCUAACCAACAGGCCCUUACCCAUCAACGUCACUUAGAUGCCAAAGAACGAGAAUUGGAGGAUCUCCUAGACAUGGAACACCUUUACUGGCAGCAACGAUCUAAAUGCCUAUGGAAUGUACAUGGUGAAAGAAAUACGACCUUUUUUCACAAAUGGGCUACUAUACGCAAGGGAAGCAAUUAUAUUCAGGGAAUCCAAAAUGCUCAUGGUAACUGGACAUUUGAUCAACAUGAAAUACAACAGGCAAUACUGAAUCAUUACUAA